AGCUUCUUGUACAUCUUGUCCUGCUCCCCCGCAAGACCGCCAGGCGCCACCAACUGCUAGGUUAGUACUCCUCCGUCCCUUGUUUUCUUCCUCCCCCGUCUUCCUCCACUACAAAUUGCCUCGCCGCCUACUCUCCUUUCCUAGUCGCCAGCGGCCAGCCACUUCCUCGCACCACUACAAUCUGCUGCUUUGGCUAGCUAGGACAGGCAGACAGGCGCGCGGGAGGGUUCUUGGGGGGCGAGAGUGGAUGGUUCGCUGCGCUGCUGACAUGGAGGCCGGUCAUCAGGCGGCGGAGGGAGGCGCGCUGGCGGUCGUGCCGGCGGCCGGCGGGAGGGGUGGCGGCGCGGGAGGAGGGAGGGAGCCGGCGGGCCUGCCGUGCCCGCGCUGCGAGUCCGUCGACACCAAGUUCUGCUACUACAACAACUACAACCUCUCGCAGCCGCGCCACUUCUGCCGGGCCUGCCGCCGCUACUGGACGCGCGGGGGCGCGCUCCGCAACAUCCCCGUCGGCGGCGGCACGCGCAAGGCCACCCCGGCGGCGACCCGCCGCAAGCGCCCCGCCAGCACGCCGCCCGCGCCCGCGCCCCCGGCGGCAGCGGCGGCGGGUGUGGCGGUGCCGCCGCUCACGGUGUCGGGGCCCCACGGCGCGUUGCUGCGGCAGUACGGCCUGCCGUUCCCCGCGCCGGCCACGGCGUCGCCGAUGGCCGCCGUGGACCCCGACCGCCGGCUGCUCGACCUCGGCGGCAGCUUCAGCUCGCUGAUCGCGGCUGCGUCCGGGCCAGACGUCGUCGGCGGCCACUUCUCCGCCGGGUUCCUGGUGGGCGGCCUCCCGCCGGCCCUCGUUCACCCGCCUGGUGGUGGUGCCGCUGCUGGUACUCUUCCACCACCGCCGCCGCAGCCGCAGCCGCAGCCGGUGUCCCAGGCGCUGGCGGUGCCCGAGGGCCUCUUCUGGAGCAUGGGGUGGCCGGACCUGUCCAUCUAGGAGCUCCACCUCUUCGCCGGCGGCGCGCGCAGUGCAACGUCGUCGAUCGGUGCCACGACGGAUCAAUGACUACUGCUCGAUCGUCUCUAAUCUAGCCUUCUCUUUUAGCUGUUUCGUCGUUAACAGUAGACUGUAGUGCUGCAUCCAGGUUAUCUUUUUUGGGAGAGCCAAGUUUUUAGGGAUCAGGAAAGCGAGCUGUUUGUUCUUUUGGAGGUGGUUCAGGAAGAUCUGCAUGCUUGUUUGCUUGCAUGAGGACCUGCAAUGCUUGUCGAAUCGAUGCUGCCAGCAUCUUACAUGAGAGGAUUGUUUUUUUUGGAACCAAUGAGCUUGUGGCAGUGCUUGUUCUGCAGUUCUAGUAUGAUUUCCCUUCUUGUUUGUCAGUUCUUUUUGUGCAAA